GCACAUGCAUGCCAGCUUCUGGCUAUGCCGCUCGAUAGACCGCCCCAUCACGUCGGCCCAAUCCCGCAGGCCCCCCAAGCCAAUCACUGCUUCCCACAGCGUGCACGGGGUCUACGUCUUGACAAGAGCAAGCAUAGCUCGACAGCGGCUCCUGUUUCUAGCGUCUCCCGCUGGAUACCAAGGUAGCCUUGUACCACGCUCGCACUCCACGAUUCACGUUGCCAGAGGGAGAAGAAUACCCUGCCUACCCGCCCAGGCGGGGCAGUCGAGCAGGACCCCUACAGCAUCACUGCUCCUUCGGGCCCUUGUGCUCGUUUACAAUGGUACCCCGCUCCGGAACGGCGUCGGCAUCGUAGAGAACAGUGUCAAGCACGGCUGGUCGAGCAACACUGCUUAUAAUAUAAUCGCUGGUCUCACAAUCGCCAACACUAGAGAGUCAAGAUGUAUGGAGAACCCUUCGUACGACGACUCGCCUUGCUCGGGCUGCUCCGAUCAUCGGCUGGUAUGCGACAAGGAGCUGCGAAGGCGGUGAAGAAGUCUCAAGCUGGAACAACUUGGCGUCGUGGUCUGCAAGGUGCUGCUGUACUUUGCCUGUCCGUGCCGAGACGCCAAACUCUCGCCAGAGCAGAGCAUAUCCCUCCAGCUAACUUGAUGGGGCUGUUCGACCUCGCAAUCGUGAAAUUGAUGUUUGUCGACGUUUCGUCCAUAAAAAUCUGGUACUGUCGCC